ACUACAAGUUUUCACUCUCAAGUUCACAAUGGCUUUGGUGCCUUUCCAAAGAUCCAAUUCCUCUAUUCGAUCAUCAUCAUCAUUAUCUUCGUCUUCUCAUCCUCUUCAAUGGACAUACGAUGUGUUUUUGAGCUUCAGAGGCGAAGACAUUCGCGACAAUUUCCUCAGUCAUCUCUAUAAAGAGUUGAAUCGAAAGGGAAUCAACACCUUCAUGGACGAUAAAGAGCUCCAAAGAGGGAAAAAAAUUUCGCCAGAACUCCUCAAAGCUAUUGACGAAUCAAUGUUUUCGAUUGUCAUCAUAUCGGAAAACUAUGCUUCGUCAAGUUGGUGCCUGGAUGAACUUGUGAGGAUACGUGAAUGCAAUGAUGCGAGAGGGCAAAUCGUUUAUCCAGUUUUUUACCGUGUGGAUCCAUCGGAAGUGCGAAAACAAAAGGGGAAUUUUGGGAAACGAUUUGAUGAAUUGGUUUCCAAGGUUGACAUGGAGAUCGAGAUGGAGAUGGAGAAGGUUCAAAGUUGGAAGAAAGCUUUGAAGGAAGUAGGCAAUUUAGCAGGUUUCACUUUCCCAAAUCCAGCAAUUGGGUCUGAAUCAAAGCUUAUUGAAGAAAUUGUUGGGAAAAUUUUUGAUUAUUUAAAUGUGUAUUCAAGUGUUGAUGAAGGCCUAGUUGGAAUGGAUUCUCAUAUGGAGGAAGUGAUAAAAUUGCUAGGUUUAGGGAAUGAUGAUGUUUGUAUCGUUGGGAUAUGGGGAAUGGGUGGAAUAGGUAAGACAACUAUUGCUCAAGUUGUUUAUGACCGUAUGUCUUGGCAAUUCGAUGGUUGCUGCUUCAUUGAGAAUGUUAGAGCUGUUUCAAAAGAAUGUGGUAUAAUGUUUCUUCAAGAACAACUUGUUUCUAAAAUCUUGAUAGAGAAAGAUCGAAAAGUAAGCAGCAUUAGUAGUGGAAAAAGUAUGAUAAAGAGAAUUAUAAGUCAUAAAAAGGUUCUCAUUGUUCUUGAUGAUGUGGAUGAAUCGAUAGACUUGGGAAACCUGCUUGGAGAGCAUGAUUGGUUCAGUUCUGGAAGUAAAAUCAUUAUAACAACUAGAGAUUUGCAUGUGUUAAAGACAUGUGGUGCAACACAUACAUAUAAGGUUCAUGAAUUAAAAAAAGAUGAAGCUGUUAAACUCCUUAUAUCAAAAGCCUUUAGAAAAGACAAGCAAAUAGGAGGUUAUGGAAACCUCCUAGAUCGUGCGGUGGAGUACUGUAAAGGAGUUCCUUUAGCUCUCAAAGUUUUGGGUUCUUUUCUUCAUGAUCGAAAAGAAAUUUACUGGGAAAGUGCUUUAAAAAGAUUAGAACAAAGUCCUCUUCCAGAAGUUGAAGAAGUACUCAAAAUAAGUUAUGAUGCAUUGGGUUGGGAAGAUAAGGAAAUAUUCCUAGAUAUUGCAUUUUUUUUCAAACAGAAAUACAUAAAUGAUGUAACAAAAAUCCUAGAAAGUUUUGGCUUCCAACCCACUAUUGCAAUAGAGCUUCUAGUUGAAAAGUCACUGAUAGUUAUUUCACACAGUAGGCUGUUUAUGCAUGAUUUGAUACAAGAAAUGGGGAGAAAUAUUGUUCGCCAAGAAUCACCUAAAGAGCCUGGACAACGCAGUAGGUUGUGGCUUUAUGAAGAUAUAAAACAUGUACUGAUGAAUGAUACGGGAACAGAAAAGCUGGAAGGCAUAGUUAUGAAGUAUCCUGACCUAGGAAAUCGUGAUCCAAAGGAUUUUGGGUUUCCAGAAGAGUUGAAGUUAAGCGGUAAAGCUUUUGCAAAGAUGAGGAGCCUAAGAAUUCUCAUAAUUCGUUGUUUUCUCCUUUCUGAAGACCUCAAAUAUCUUCCUAACAAUUUAAGGUAUCUUGAUUGGCAUGGAUACCCUAUGAGAUGUUUGCCUUCAGAAUUUCAACCCAUGCGUCUUGUUGAACUUCACAUAACUAAUAGCGACAUUGAACAACUAUGGAUGGGAACAGAGGUUCUAUACAAUUUAAGGACCAUGAAUCUCAGUUACUCAGAAUCUCUAACCACGAGCCCAGACUUCGAAAAGUUCCCAAAUCUUGAAAGCCUAUAUCUUGAAGGUUGUACAAAUUUGGUUAAUCUUCAUCCAUCCGUUGGAUCUCUCAGAAGGCUUGUUCGCAUGGAGUUGAGUGGCUGCGUAAAUCUUGAGAGUCUUCCAAGUGGCACUCAAUUGGAGUCUCUUAAAACUAUUUAUGCAUAUGGGUGUUUAAAGCUAAACAUUUUGGGAAGCUUUGAACAUACCAAAUGUUUACGAAGGCUUGCAUUAGUCGCGUCCAGUAUAUCUGAACUGCUGUUACCAGUUGGACAUCUUACCAAUCUUAAAAGCUUGGAUCUGGGACGUUGUAAAAACUUGACAAGUAUUCCAAACAACAUCGGUCAAUUAAAAGCUCUUAAAAGUUUAAUGCUCUCUCGGUGCUCAAAACUUGAGAAACUGCCUGAAGAAGUAGGUGAUCUAGUCAGUUUAGAGAAACUUACUGCAGACUAUACAAGGAUUACACAACUCCCAUCUUCAAUUUGCCGGCUCUGCUAUUUGACAGUAUUAGAUCUAAAGGGAAACGAUUUUGAAAGUUUACCUUCAAGCAUGAGCCAACUUAAAUUGCUGGAGGAGAUAUAUUUGUCCAAUUGCAAAAAGCUUCAAGAAUUGCCAGAGCUUUCUUCAGACAUUAGUGUUAUAGAGGCACAUCAUUGCAAAUCAUUAAGAAAAAUAGCGAAUCCAUUCUUAUACAAAGACAUUGAAAGAUUUGAUUUUUUGAAUUGCUUCAAAUUGGUUGAAAAUAAGGAAAGCAAUAUCCUAACAGAUGAAUUCAUUUCAAGUCUCUUUCAGGGAAGUAUUUCGCGUGAGAUAUACAAAUGUAGAAUUAUAUUUCCUGGAAGUGACAUCCCGAAGUGGUUCAACCAUCAAAGUAAUGAUGAGUCUUCAGUAUGUUUGAAGUUUAAUAGCAGGUUCUUGGGAAUUGCUAUUGCUCUUGUUGCAAUCGGAGAAGAGGAUGUAUUCGAUCAUCUUUGUUUUAAUAUGAGGCAUAAGACCGUACUUGUUACGUCAUGGACGACAAAAUGCCCUUCUAUUCAAUCCGAAAAUGUGGGAGUGAUCUACUUGACACGCCGAAAUGAAUUAUUAGAUUCAAUGGUGGAGAAUUUAAAUGAGGGUGAAGAAUUUAAAGUCAAAUGGGAUUGUAAGGAAAUUGAGGUUAAAAAAUGUGGGGUUCGUUUGGUUUACAAAGAAGAUUUUGAAAGGAAUGAUCAUCAAGCAUCCCAAGAUGACAAUUUGAUUGUUGUGUCCCAAGGAGUUGAAAAUGCUAAUAAUGCUCCAUUAAAGAGAAGACCUAGUGGACGUGGCGACUUUCAGGAAGAGGACUGUCCCAAUAUCAAAAGGGCCAGGCUUGCCCAACCUAACAGAGUGGGAGAAUGGAAGAAGAGGAAGUCACCUAAAAGGAAGAAGAUGAAGCUGAUGUGGAUGUCUAGGUGGCACAAACAGGUGUUGUGGAUCAAAAGCAACCAAUCACGCACAAGGACGGUGGUCUAGUCAACCGCUACGGGUCAUAGCUGAAUUUGAUUUCAAGAGUUGGAAAUCAAAACAUUGGAACAUUAAGGUAUUUAAGAAGGCUGAUGAAUAUGAUGGUUGCUUCUUGGGAUUGCUACCUGAUAUAGCUGUGAUAACGAAUGUGGAAUGGGAGCUUGUAGAUAUCUUUGAAAAUGAGGGUACCAAUCACUCCUAAAAAAGCUCCGAUCUACUCCAAUUCAUGACAAGCUUCCAACUUUGGAUUCAAAAUGCACAAAAAGAGAGCUGGAGGGAAUCUUCAUUACAUGUUGAGGUACUUUGGUCACUACUUGGGCUUUAUAUUACUGUAGAAAUUGUUCAUUGCAGUGUCUGAAUUCUUGUAUUUAUGUGCUUCGAGUUCCUUCCUAGUAGUUUAUGUUAACCUCUUCUAACUGCACAAAUGUUAAAAAACACACGAGUGAUGUUUAAAAAAAGAAGACCCAUAUCUAGUAUGAGGAAUCUAAGGAGAUAUAAGGUUGUUUAAAACCUUCUAUACAGCAUUUACAUGAACUUGGGACAAGGUAUGCACAAGUUGACAUGAUAUUUCUAAUAAGACAGGACUAGACAAUUGUACAUAAAGAACUACACAAGUAUGCAUGCAUGUCCAUAUGUACGAUACAUUUUUACAAUGUUAAUUUCUGUUAAUUUUGUAGAAGCAGCAGCCUAUUUUUGCUUAUUUGUUCUAUAAGCCAGUGAAAAUCAAUUAGAAAUUCUUGCUCUCUGUUUUGCUAUUCUAACCAAGUUUUUGGGGGAAAUAAUCAUGCUGUUGUGUUCCUUCUUGUGUCUGUUAUUACACUGUUAAUAGAUUUUGCAAAUUCAGUUCUAUAGCAUAGACAUUUUGCUGAUAUUGCUGAAUAUAAUAGAUCUACUAUCCAAAGGCAUGUGCUUAGUUGAGAUGUAUCUUGAAUUUUGGUUUAACUAUAAUUCAAUAUGUUUCAAGCAAUAAAUGAUAAAGAGUCUUGUUGGAGUGCACAGACAAAGUUAUUAAGCAAAAUAGAGAAGGUAUGAUUAAGAUAUAUACAUAUUUGAUAUUUUACUUGUUGGCUGCUUAUCUUUUCUUUCAUUUUAUGCACAAUAGAUCUUCAUUCAAUGUGUUUAAAUCAUGGUUAGAAACCUGCUAUCAGUGUCCUUCAAUCCUUGGUUCUGAAAUAUUGUCUUAUGAUAGAUAUUUUGGAAGAUGUGCCUAAUUAUUAUGGGGAACUGUAGUCUUGCUGCAUAUGGUGACAAUUCAUAUUAGCUUGGUGCUAUGGCAUAUUAUUGUUUGUUUGAAUAUUGUCUAAUUCAAGUAUUUGCACCAAAUGCUCGUAUUAUCUAGUGUAUUUCCAUGUAACAUUUGGUUUAACUUAUAUAGUUGGAGGAUGUUUAUUUUGAUUCAACCUUUGUCUCCUGAAUAGUACAGCAGAUGU